UGCUGUCAUAGAAAAAAUGCCGUAUACAAAUUGACAGCUAUUAACAAGAAUAAGCAAAAAAUUUUAUACAAACUCUUUUUUUUAUAUUUUCUUAAAAUUUUUCUAAUUCUUCGUCUAAUUAAACAAAUAAACAACAGAUUAAAGACAAAAAAAGCGGAAAAACAAAUGAAAAAAAACCUUGCCAGAAAAGUCUUGUGAAAAAAGUUAAACGCUGAAAAAAACAGUCUGACAUUUUUUUAUUUCCAAUUGUGAGGAGUAGAACAAAACAACCAACAAACAUGUCUCACACAAUUCUGCUAGUACAACCUGGUACACGACCAGAAACACGCACCUACAGUGACUACGACAGUGUCAACGACUGCAUGGAAGGUGUUUGUCGCAUUUACGAAGAACAUUUGAAACGUAUUAACCCCAAUACACCCACCAUCACCUACGAUAUCAGUCAACUGUUUGACUUCCUAGAUCAAUUGGCCGACAUUAGCUGUUUGGUAUACCAAAAAUCAACAAACACCUAUGCGCCCUAUAACAAAGAAUGGAUCAAGGAGAAAAUCUAUGUAUUGCUAAGACAAGCUGCCGGUAGCACAGUCUGAUGUCAUAAUGUUUAAAACAGCAGCAAUAAAAUUAACAUUAGCCCCCCAACUACAACAACAAAACAGCAUUAACAUCUCUUAAGAACAUCAACAGCAUCAAGUCCAAAUGUUUUUUUUUUAAACAAAAUAAAAAAAAAUAAUCUUUAAUAGAUUUUAGAAGUAAUAGUACGUACGGUAGUAGUCUCGUCAUGUAGAAAUGAAAACUAAACUGGUGUGCAGUGGAGUUAGUUACUAAAGAUAUUUUUUUUCCUCCUAUUAUUUUCAUUGUAAACUUUUCUUUUUGAAAUAAGUAUGAAUUUUUUAUUUAAUUUUUUUUUUAAUUGUUAAUUAAAAUAUAUGGAAAACAAAAGUAUUGUGUGCUUUUCUUUUCGCAAUAAACUAACAAUAACAAUAAAUUGUGUUUUUGUUACAUAUUGUAAAAUGUGUUUUUUGAAUUGGUUAUGAUUUCUCGUGGAAGUUUAAUUUUCUUUUCCUGAUCAAAAUAUUUAUCAAAUAUUUUAGCUUGUAAGAAUCUUCUCUUUCUUUUUUUAGACAAUUAAAAUAAAAAUCUAAUAAAUUUAAUAUAAAAUUAA